AUGGAACUGUUAAGCUUGGUCACCUCCGUCGAGACUUCAGCCCGUGCCCCGUACCUCAGUGUGUACGGCGCCACAGACAAAGACCCCAACCCUCAGGCGCAUUCCAACAUACCCAUAAACUCCAGGGCCUACCCUUCACCAACAACCGCCGAAAUGGAGAUGUCGCCCGUUUCUAACGGUACCAAUGACGGUCACUCCGCUUCGGCCUCCCCGCAGCCCGAACCCAAGAAUGUCAGAUUCGAGCUCGUCUCAUCCGAGUCUCCCCAACACCGCGCGCGCCUACCAAUGCGUGUGCAGAUAUACCCUCACGACGCCACAGAGUCAAUUGUCACUACAGUCAAGAAUUUCUACGGUUUGUAUUCAAGUCCUACGAGCUCUAAGGGAGUGAGCUUUGAGGACGAGGCCGGCAAUACCAUGAUCGCGCGCUAUGAGAACUUUCGCAACAAUAUGGUCGUCUAUGUGCGCGUCAUUGAGGAGCCUACUGCUUCGGCUGGUUCCUUCGGCGCACACUCGUAUCAUCAUCCCAACGCUGUCGGCGCCCAGAUGUACUUCAGCCCGGAUGCUUAUGGUUCCCAGUCGGGCUCGCAUGUGCAACACCAUGAGGCGCACCUGUCCAGGCCUGCCUCAAGGACUUCUCGCCGGCGCAGUCCCUCGCCGAACAUUGGGCGCAGUGCUAGGAGUACAUCAGUGGGCACCAACAACUCAGGCGCUCCUAAGUCCCGCUCGCGAUCGACAAAAUAUCGUGGUGACGGUGGCGAAAGCCACAAUGGCUACAGCAGUGGGGACGGUGCUCCUGGGUCAAACUCAGGCAGAAACAAGGACCAAAUUGGGAAUACGGAGAUCAGUGUAGAGAACAUUGUAGAAGGGGGCCGGCGCAAGCGCGCCAAGUUUGAAAGCUCUGAACUGCCUUUGUUCGCCCCGCCCCAGAUGCCGGCCGCAACAUCGAAUCCUUCCGUAUCUCCUGCCCGCCGAGUCGAGCACCACCGCGCUUCCUUGCCCUUUGUUCACCCAGGGCAGAAUCCGUUCACAAACCCUCGACCGCUUCAAUCCCCACAGAGCAAUGGCAAUGGGUUUGGCCACCCGGGCGCCUUUGUCACACCCAGCGCUGAGAGUCGUCGCACUCGUGGCAGCGUCGGGUAUCCAUCUGGAAACGGUGUUGGCCCAUCAGCUGGCGUUCUGCCCACUCCUGACCCAACCGUGGGCAGCUGCAUGUCGGAAGAGGACAAAGACGUUGCGAUUCAGCUCAUGCGUCUGGGAGAAAUUUCAAACAUAUCGCAUGGUAGGACAUCAGCCUCCACUCUCGAUGAUACCUUUAGUGGACGCGCAGAUGCGGCAUCCUCUGCAGGCGCCACGAGUGAUGCCGAUAGCUCGAGCGAUGAUGAGCAGCCCCCUGCGAGAAGACAGAAGCUAGAUGUUGGUGGCGCAAGCAAGAGUAUAUACCCGACCACCGAAAGUCACCCGGUCGGUCCUCAGAACGGCUUUGAAACUCAGGGACAUACAGGUGGUUUCCAUCACGGAAUGAAUGAAGGCUUGAUGGGUGCGCCUCGGACCAAACCCAACACCAACAUGCCUCAACAGAAUGGCACCAAAUCCAAAGCAAUGCCCGCGCCGAGUGCAAAACCAAAAGCACCCAAAGGGAUCAAGACAUCAAAGUCAUCCAACUCGACAAAGAACAAGAAGGCAACUGCCAAUGCUCACAGUGGGCCUAUGUCACCCACAUCGCUCCCUGCUUCGAGGAAGCCGUCCAUUGCCUCCAACGGCAGCGUGUUGGGGAUGGGUGAUGAGGAUCAGCCUGACCUCUCGAGCAAGCCUCGAUGCCAGCGAUGUCGUAAGAGCAAGAAGGGCUGUGAUCGCCAGAGGCCAUGCGGCCGGUGCAAGGACGCUGGCAUUCCUGCGGAGCUAUGCAUCAGCGAAGACGAGGGUAACGGCCGUAAGGGUCGCUAUGGCCGCCACAUGGGUGUUCCUAUCAAGACAGACGAGGCUCCCGCACCACAACAGCCACCAAUGUUUCAGCACCAGCAGACGCUCCUCCCGGCGGCGCCCAUUGCUCCGGCAAUCCUGCCACCGAUCUCAGCGAUGCCCCUGGACAAGAACAAGAAGCGCAAGAGAUGA